AUGGCGGACGCUCAGCAAUCCAACAAGGCGCAUCGCAAGGCCAAGACCGGCGGCAAGGCCGAAAAGGGCAAGCCCAAGCACACCAACGGCUUUAACCCAAAGGCCUUCAUCUCGGCCAACAUCAAUGUCGCCCAGAAGCAAAUCCUGCGCAAUGCUGAAAAAGAGCAGAAACGGUUCCAUGUGCCUCUGGCCGACAGGACCCCAGAAGACGAGCCGCCUCCCAUCAUCGUCGCCGUCGUGGGUCCUGAAGGUGUUGGCAAAACCACGCUCAUGCGCUCCCUCAUCCGCCGAUACACCAAACACACACUCGCCGAUAUCAAGGGCCCCGUCACCGUCGUCACGGGCAAAAAGCGAAGAGUCACGUUUAUCGAAUGUAACAACGACAUCAACAGCAUGAUCGAUAUCGGCAAGGUCGCCGAUCUGGUGCUGCUCAUGAUCGAUGGCUCCUUUGGCUUUGAAAUGGAGACCAUGGAGUUCCUCAACGUCUUGCAAUCGCAUGGUUUUCCCAAGGUCAUUGGCGUAUUGACUCAUCUCGACCUCAUUAAAAAGGCAAAGACGCUCAAGGCCACCAAGAAGCGUCUGAAACAUCGUUUCUGGACUGAAAUCUACGAUGGUGCCAAAUUGUUCUACCUUUCCGGUAUCAUCAACGGUCGAUAUCCGGACACAGAGAUUCAAAACCUCUCGCGCUUCAUUGGCGUCAUGAAGUUCCGUCCACUUAUCUUUCGCAACGCCCAUCCUUAUGUGCUGGCCGACCGAAUGGAAGACCUCACACCGAGGGAAGAAAUCCGUGCCAAUCCCAAGGGUGAUCGAACCAUUACCGUCUACGGCUACCUCCACGGAACUCACUUACGAUCCUCGCAUCGAGUUCACAUUCCAGGCGCGGGCGACCUUUCCAUCACAUCCAUCGAAAAGCUCAACGACCCAUGUCCACUGCCCACCCAAGACAGCGAGAAGCGUCGAAAGCUUUCGGACAAAGCCAAGCUCAUUCACGCGCCCAUGAGCGACGUCGGUGGCGUCAUGUUUGACAAGGACGCCGUCUAUAUCAACGUCCCAGGAAACUUUACACGCAACGGUGACAACCCAGUGGAACCGGCCGGCGAAGGCGAGCGAAUGGUCAUGCAUCUACAGGAUGCACAUACCACGCUCGACGAGCUCGCAGCGCAAAGCGAGCUGCGAUUGUUCGACUCGGAUACCACCGGUUUGCCCUCAGCGGACAUCUCGGCCGACAAGAACCCAGAUGGUCUAGUCUACACAUCACCGGCUAAAGGCAAGCGCGUUCGACGAGCCGCUUUCGACGACGUGCUUCUCGACGACGAUAUCGACGAUGAUGAUGUCCAAGACCAAGAGGACGAUGAAAGCGAAGCAGGCUUUGACGAUGAUGAUGACGACGACCAAGAAGACCGUGGUGACAACCGUCGAGCUUUCACGCGCAAAGCCAUCGAGGCGGAUGAAGCGGAUGGAGCUGCUUCCAAGGAGAUCCCGUUUGCCGACAGCGACUCCGACAUGGGAUUCGGAUCUCAAGACGAUGCCGAUGACGAUGAUCAAGAUCCUGGCUCUGGUUCCGGCUUUGGAUCUGGCUCCGACGACGAUGACGACGAGAUCGCACCCUGGAAACGCGACCUCGCUGCGCGCGCCGAAGCCACGGUGCUUGCCAACCGAUCGCGCAAACCACUCGACCUGGCGCGUCUCAUCUACCACUCGGACAAGACCCCCGAACAGAUCGCGUCUGGUAACGUCCACAGCCACUUGGACGACGAAGACGACCUCCGCAUACUGGCCGAGUCAGAUGAGGGCGAUGAUUUCUUCCGUCGUGCCGACGGCCAGCGCACCGCUUCUGCCACGACUGGUGAGCUGGAGGAGGAAUAUCAGGAUGUACCUGACCAGGCGCGUCCUGUUUGCAAAGCGGUCGAUCUAAGUCACUGGGCUGAAGAGAAGAUUUUGGACUCGAUCCGACGCUUCUUCAUCACAGGCGAUGAGCCAGACAACCUCGAGGAGCGCAAAGAUGGCAAGCGCGACGAGGCUGUCUCGCAUCCAGAUGAAGGUUCGGAUUCCGAGGACGGAUCGGAGCGUGCCGACAACGAUGACGAUGACCAAGACGAUGCAGAUUCGACGGAAGAAGCGCGUGCUAAAGCACUGGCUCAGAAAAAGGAAGCGCUGAAGCGCCGGUUCGACGAGCAAUACGACGAUCCGGACGCUGACACAAAACAGGACUGGUACGACGAGCAGAAGGAUCGGUUGGCAGCUCAAGCCGCACUGAACAAGUCCGAGUUUGCUACAGUCGACGAAGACACGCGUCACUCGGUUGUAGGGUACCAACCAGGAGCUUACGUGCGCAUCGAGUUGAGCAAGGUGGCGUACGAGUUGGUCGAGAAUUUCGACGCGACCUACCCGCUGCUCGUCGGCGGGUUGUUGGCUAGCGAGGAGUCGUUCGGUUUCAUUCAAGUACGCAUCAAACGUCAUCGAUGGCACCAGAAAAUCCUGAAGACCAACGACCCACUCAUCUUCUCGCUCGGCUGGCGUCGAUUUCAAUCGAUCCCGAUCUACUCGUUGGAUGACGGAACGAGAAAUCGGAUGCUCAAGUACACCCCGGAACACAUGCACUGCCUUGCGUCGUUCUACGGACCCAUCUCGGCGCCCAAUACAGGUUUCUGCGCAUUCAAUACACUCUCGACCUCUACGCCUUGUUUCCGAGUUUCGGCCACCGGUGUGGUGCUCGAUGUGGAUGCCGGUAGUCAGAAGAUCGUCAAGAAACUCAAACUCACCGGUACACCCGCAAAGAUUUACAAGAACACAGCAUUUAUCAAAGAUAUGUUCUCCUCGGCACUCGAAGUGGCCAAGUUCGAAGGCGCACAUAUCAAGACGGUUUCGGGGAUUCGAGGACAGGUCAAGAAGGCGCUGGCCAAGCCAGAGGGACAGUUCCGAGCGACUUUUGAGGACAAGAUUUUGAUGAGCGAUAUCGUUUUCUUGCGAGCGUGGUAUACGAUUCAACCGCGCAAGUUCUACAAUCCGGUGACGAGUCUAUUGUUGCGAGGGAGCAAGGGAUGGCAGGGGAUGAGGUUGACAGGUGCAGUGAGGAAGGAGCGUCAGCUAAAGGCUCCGAACCAUAUCAACUCUAGCUACCGAGCAGUUGAACGCACCGAACGCAAGUUCAACCCGCUACGCGUUCCGCGUGCUUUGCAAGCACAACUACCGUUCAAGAGCAAACCCAAACAGAUGUCGGCUAGCAACAACACUUCGUACCUCGCCAAACGCGCCGUCGUGCUCGAGGGUGACGAGAAAAAGGCGCUCGCGUUGCUCCAGCAGAUGAAAACGGUUCAGCGCGAAAAAGAGGACAAGAGAAAGGCCAAGAACAAGCUCCGACAGGCGCAAAAGUCGAAAUUGGCCGACAAGGACGAGCAGAUUCGCGCCGUCAAGAGAAAGGCCGAGAUGAAAGAGAUCUAUCGUAUCCAGGGCAUGAAGGCUCAGUCAGCUGCAAAGCGCCAGAAGACGGCCAAGUAG